AUGGGUUUGAGGAUUAAAAGGUGCCGGAAUGCACAGAGACGGUCUGCCGCUGCUGAAAUCAUUGGCAGUAACGGGGACCUGGUGGUGGAGAUCCUUGUGCUUCUGCCGCUGAAAUCUGUGGUUCGAUUCAAGUCCGUCUCGAAAACAUGGUUCUCUCUAAUCUCCGGUCCUACUUUCCCUCUCCUCUGGCAACAGCGUCAACGACAUUCCCAUGAUCCCAAAAUCUCCGGUCUUUUCUUCACCUCUGUAUCCCGAAAGCAAAUCAAAUACAUUCCUCUCAAAGACACAGAUGAUGUUGGAAAAAGCAAGUCUUUAGCUCGCUUUCCCAAUAUGUAUACUGUGGAUAUUAGAAUCAUACACUCCUGCAAUGGUUUUCUACUCUUGUGUUUAAAUCCAAACACUUCCCUGUCCCGAUCUUACCAAGUUUACAAUCCUACUACCAAGCAAUCCCAAACACUUCCCUGGCCCUUUUCCCUUGCUACAUAUCCUGCUGACCCUCUAUAUUUGGCCUUUGAUCCUUCCAAAUCAAUUCAUUACAAAGUUGUUUUGCUCAAGAAAUUACACAAGGGCCAUCGUUUGUAUCAAAUUCAUGUUUAUUCGUCAGAAACCAAUGCAUGGCGUAGACCCUCUGGUGAUCAUUAUUCUUUCUCCUCAGUGGACUUGGAUAAUGGAGUCUAUUGCAAUGGUUCAAUACAUUGGAUUUCCUUCUGGACAGAUGAACCUUCCAAAUACUUUGAUGUUGAACAAGAAAGAGUGUUUCCAAUGCCAUCUUCACCAUUUCCGGAAAUUGAUGGAUUCUGGCAUUUCGGGGAGUCCAGAGGUCAUUUGUAUCUUACUGGGCGCAGUGUUUUUGGCACCAUAUUUGAUAUUGAAGUCUUAGAGAUGGAAAGAGAUUACUCCAAGUGGUCAUUGAAGUAUCGACUUAACUUUAACAUGAUGCUUAAUUUUGUAUCACAGGAGAUGAUCGCACUGCGAACAAUGUCUGUGCUUGGCUUAAUUCAUGGAAAAGAUGAAGGAGAUGUGUUUUUGGUGUUAUUUGUGGGCACCAAUAUGAUCAUCUCCUAUAACAUUAAGGAUGACACAUUUAAGAAGUUUCAUGAUGUAGUACACCAUCCUGGUUCUUCUUCCCAGCAGCUUAGGCAGUUUAAAAGCUGCAGAGUCUAUCGAUACAUUGAGACAGUCCUCUCAGUUUGA